AUGUUCACUGGAAUCAUCGAGCACAUGGCUCGUGUAGCCCAGAUUGAGCCCACGACCGAUUCUUCGGGCUACUACAUCACGUUUGACGAAGCAGAGCCGAUUCUGAGUGACUGUCAUGAUGGCGAUUCCAUCUGUGUCAACGGAUGCUGUCUGACAGUCACCGAAUUUACGAAGGAUUCAUUCAGGGUGAAUGUCGCCAACGAGUCGCUCAGUCGGACGAACUUGGGUGAUCUUCGUGUGGGUGACCGAGCGAAUACUGAGCGAGCCAUGUCCGGCCACACUCGAUUCGGAGGACAUAUGGUUCAGGGCCACGUCGAUGCCACGGCCACUAUCACGUCGAAAGUUCCAGACGGCGAUUCGAUUCGUUAUACAUUUACAUUCUCACCAACCUCUUCCUCCGCUGCGUCUACAUCGGCCACUUCCAGAGCUCAAACUCUGAUGCCGUAUCUCGUCGAAAAAGGAUAUAUCACCAUCGAUGGCGCCUCCUUGACGUUGACAGAAGUCGACGAUGAAACAGCGUCAUUCGGAAUCAUGCUCAUUGCUUACUCGCAAACGAAGCUCGUCUUGACGAAGAAGCAAGUAGGAGACAAGGUGAACAUUGAGGUAGACUGUGUGGGCAAGUACGUUCUAGGUAGUCAGGCGAGAAUAGAAGGGAUGGUAGAGAGAAUAUUGGAGAAGAAGUUGAAGGAGAGAGGAUUGUGA